AAAACACUACAAGGUGAAACAUUUUCAAGAGCAUCUUUUUCAGUUAUUUUAAAGCAUUUUGUCUUGUAUUGUUACUAAAGCAGAACAGAGACUGGAGAGUGGGGGAGGACGUGCAGCAAAGAGUUGUGCUUGGGUGCUGAACCAUCAACUACUGCAAUGAGGAUAAUAGUGUCUGCACAUGCUUUAGCUGUUAGCGCCAGCAACACCCCAUCUUCUCAUCUGAAAGUGUAAAGAGACGACACAAAAAAACACCCCCAAAACAGGCACACAUAAACAUACACCAAAUGUAAUUGACAGGGACUUUUGUUCUAACUGUUAAUUCCUAGCAGCCCUCUCUGGGGAGUCAUGGUAACUGUUCACUAGCCGGGUCUUUCUUUAAUGAUUGCUUACUGACAGACUGAACUCUGCAUUUAUUCACUCAGUCUGUUUUUAAAUGGUGUGUUUAGUAAAAAAAAAUAAAGAAAUGAAGUUAUUUUUCUGUGCUUUAUCAUGGAGGGUGAGACACUGUUUUUUGUUGUGCUUUGAGGGAUAAUUUGUGACGCUUUAGUGUUUUGUCUUGCACUACUGCCGAAGAACCACCGACCUGCUCUCCAUAUCCUGAUCAGCAGAUCCUCCUAGGUCUCAGUAUCAUAUUAUUGUCUUCUAGGAUGGACAUUAAUCUUAAAUGGAUAUUUUGAAAACCUUUUAAGCUUUCAUUCUUAAACCUUGUGUAUUGUGUGAAAGACAACUUGGCCUUCACAAUGAGCUUUUAUUUGUUGAGUUUCACCAGUGUGACAAGACAGAUGGGAAAGCUUGUUACACAUACCAACCAUUCAUUUUGACUAAGAGUGUGACUCUUCAGCAUAAAUCAAUCUGAUGAUUUCCAAUAUCUGACUGUUUUCCUUGAAUAUUAUGAGUUUUGUCAAAAUGAUGAACAUGUGCCCAAGACACUUUUGCCUACUCACAAAGUUUUUGAAAACCAACAGCAGCAGCAGGAGGAGAAAUAUUAUAACACUACAGCCACUAAACUCUUAAAAGAAAGAGAUUUACUGAUCAAAAGGCUCAGAUCAUUUAGAUCAAUUUUGGUGAUUUUCAGCAUUCCUUUGUGCUUGUAGCAUUGAGUUUGCAGCAAACUAACUAAUCCUGGAGCUACACCUUUCUACUCCAAAGCAACUUGGUUAUUAUAUUUGAGAGCACUCAUCUACAGUAGGUAACCAAAAACCCUUGACUUGAACAGUUACAUAAGUUUGUGAUCAUAUCACUUAGUAAAUUCAAGGAUUGAUAAGAUCAAGAAUUCAAAUGAUGACAAGUCAGGGCCCACAGGAGACAGACUUCGCUAAAUAGAAAGCACCAGAGUUGCAUAAUGUUUCGCAUGUUCAUGUUGGAUGAUAAAUGCAUUUCCCUUUCCCACAGCUAUACAGUUUGACUUUGUUAUACUCUAAAUGUCAUGUGUUUAUCUCACAUCCAUCAGACCCCAUAGGUAGCACUACAGGGCAGAGUUGCUCGCAAGUUCCCACAGUGCUUGGACAACACAAAUCCCCCUUUUGUGGUUCUAUUUAUUGCAUUGUUUAUUUUUUUCCAGUCUAAAGUCUCUGUUCCCAAGACGGAAUGCCUUUAAUGGUUUUGUGGGAUACAUUUAUUUACUCUGUUUUUCAGUGGUAACAAAUUAAUAUCAGCUAUUUUCUCCCAAUCUUAAUUUGUCUCGUUUGCUGUGGUCGAGAACCGCCACUGCUGCAAAUAAAAAAAAAUGCAAGAAAAAAAAAAGUCACAACAGAAGUUACUGAUGCAAAAAAGCCUGCUGCAAAUAAAAAGGAAAUGGUGCAGAUUUAAAAAAAAAAGCCACAACGGAAGUUAACGAUGCAAAAAAAAAAAAAAAAGAUAUGAUAGGAAAAAAAAGUUACUUACUGCGAAAAUAAAAAGAUGCAAAUAAAAAAGGGCUUUUUUUCUGCACCGUUCCUUUUUUAUUUGCAGCAGGCUUUCGUUUCUUUUUUUUUCAUCAAUAACUUCUAUUGUGGCUCCUUUUUUUGCAUUUUUCUUUAAUUGCAGCAGUGGCGGUUCUCCGCCACCAUACAUUUUUGUAUCAAUAGCUUAAUCUGCUACUUUUUUCAUUUAAGCAACUACCUUAGUUACUUGACAAAAUACCUCUCACCUCCAUGACUACUUUGGUUUUUAUCCUCCUAUUAAAGGGAUAUUCCGGCAUAAAAUCAAUUUAGGGUCAAACACACCGUAACACUGAGUCAGACACCCCGUCGAGAGACUAAUGUUGCUGAACGCUUGCUUCUCUAGUUAUAACGACUGCAAUAUAGCAAUACACAGCAGUCUGAGGAGCCAUAAACAAUCCUCAACCGAAACGCCACUCUAUAGCCACAAAUAAUGCUCAGAACAGCAUCUAACUUCAUCCACUGUACAUAUAGGGUCCUAGCCACGGUACUAGCCACCAAACUUCUUUUUAACUUUGCCUAAUUUCUUUUGCAAAGAGACUAAACACAUAUCACCUACUCUCUUCCAGCAGCUCCUUGUUUGUUGCGAGACCUUCUAACUCGUCCAUCAUUGACUACUGCGGGGUGACGCAGCUCAAGGAAGAACAUUUAUGAUCAUGACUUUAUCAUUUCCUUAAAGUAAUAAUCACCACAUUAAUCAUUUUGCAGUGCAGACGCGGUAGUUCUUCCGCCUUAGCGUCUCGGUCUGAUUGCGUUUCCAUGAAGAAUUGAUCAUAAGGCCCGAGCAGCUGCUGGAAGACAGUAGGUGAGUUGUAUUUAGUCUCUUUGCUUAAGAAAUUAGGCAAAUUUAAAAAGAUGUUUGGUGGCUAGUGCUUUGGUUGAGGUUUGUUUAUGGCUCCUCAGACUGCGUCGUUACUUGUUGGUAAGUUGGUAUAACUAGAGAAGCAACAUUCAUCUCUUGACGGGGUGUAUAACUCGGUGUUACGGUGUGUUUGACCCUCAAUGAAUAUCCCUCACUUUACAUUUUAUCAUAACAUUAUAACAAGUUGGCAUUCGCUCCUAAAUUUCCGCUAAAGUUUACGAGGGGCCCUGAAGGCAACAUACUACGUUGCUUACGCUUCUGACGAAUCGCGCAGGAGCCGGGGCGCCUCCCUCCCUCCGUGCCGAGCAGAGCCGCUAGAGUGGAGACGCACACAGCGGAGUUCACUCCAUCUCUGUCCGCAGCUAGCUAACCCCGCAGCAAGGCCACUGCGGGAAGAUGGCGACAGACAAACAGAAACAUGAAGGAAGAGUUAAAAUCGGACACUACAUUCUCGGAGACACGCUUGGAGUGGGGACAUUCGGAAAGGUUAAAGGUACGUGUGGCUGUCUUGACGCUCCUGCAUCCUGCCAAGUGAAAGACGGUGGCAAUGAAAGCUAUUAGCCUAGCUGCUAACUUAGCCUGCUAACGUUGCAAGCAACCGUUGAUGGCAACGCCAGGACGGUAACACACUUGUUGUCCAGCUACUUGCCUCAACUUGUUUGCGACUGAUACAACGUUGGUUUAAUGAGGCCAACAUCGUCUGGAGUUUCCUUUAACAGCCUCACAGUGCAAGAUUUAUGGCAUUAGCUUGUGUGCAGUCACUUAUAUAUCAGUCAGCGCGAGCUAGCCAGAAAGCCACAAGUCGCCUGUCAAGACAGACACCGGGAAGUAAAAACCUUCCGCUGGGGAGUAUUUGGUGGCCCUCCUUCGCCCUGUUUUGUCUCUUUUAACUUAAGAGACGUUUAAUGGAAAGUUGCGUCCCCCGGAACUGAACUUCGUCUCAUUCUUUCCAUUGAGUUGCUGUUUCCACCACAGUAAGAGUGAUUACUGUUUACAUGUACACUCACCUGCAACAACGUUAUGAAUACCAAAUGAAACCCCCUACUUUAUUAAAGGAAAAAAACAGAUAUACUGAAAUAUAAUGUGCUGUAGAGGGAAAAGACAAAGAAAAUGACUAAUACAAAAACUAAACACAUUAAUAAAGUAGUAUAUCACUAAUCUAUACAGUUCAUACACACAUAUCAGACAUAAAAUAAGGUUUUUAGGGUCUCUGUCCUUUUGUAUUGGGCUGCAACAGAUUGCUAAUAUAUAAUGUUAUGAAUUGUCAGUCUAUGUAUGGGGAGAGUGGGGCAAAUCCAGUCCAACUUACGCCCAGUGUUGUCUUGUCAGUCCAGAGGGCGGUAGGAGAAGUAUGUCAAUAUACAGUUAAGCUUGUACCAACAGGUACCAGUACCUAGGAUCCCAGAAAAACAUCUAUUUCUAUUUGCCUACAUGGUCUUUUCAGAUAUAUGCCUCGUCGUCUUUGAUGUGCUGGUUAAAAAGCAGAAACCUUGUCUGCAAACUCCUCGUCUGUUUCAUCCUGUAGUGCUUUUUGUCUCCUGGGAACACACGAUUAUAGCCAAAUAUACCCAAAUGAAGUGCAACAACCCAACCCUUUUCAAAAACAACCACCAGUUUUGUUUAUAGUUAUUUCCCAGUGAGUCAUCCCCCUGCUUUUCUUUAUAAUGUCAGGGGAAGACAGAGAAGCACAGUGUGCUGGAUUUUGUGAUUGUUAUGGUCUUGAUAGCCGGAGAUGUGGUUAAUCGUUCACUACCAGCACAACUGGUAAAUCAAUAGUGUUUGUUGGUGAACACUCCCGUGCAAGUGUGCUGGGAACCCACUGUGCUCUCAGAUCUUAUAGCUUUUUCUCCUCAUGGCAGAUGUGUUCUGAUAUGUUUGCAUACUUUUCUCCUUUGGCCCCUGCAGUUAAAUAUCACUUUCAUGUGCAACUUAAGUCGUGUUUUUGUUUCGUUUAGUAUGAUUAUAAUGUUUAUGCUUUUAGAUAACUUUUUGACCUUUUGGUUUGAGGACCCUGUGCAAAAACCAAUGUCUAAACAAAGGAUACAAUGAUAUCUCAAAGAUAAGAACCAGCAGUUUCUCUCAUAGUAACCAGGCAUUUCAACAUUUUUAACAGCUUUUAGCACUAUUUUGAUAUCCUGGUCCACAAAAUACCAGUUUUGCUGUAUUUAGAACAGCUUUCUUCUAGAGGUGGGAAUCACUGGUGGUCCCACGAUACGACAUUACCACGAUACUUGGGCCACAAUACGAUAUUUUCACGAUACUUGAGCCAUGAUACAAUAUUAUCACGAUACUUGAACCAGGAUACAAUAUUAUCAUGAUACUUGAACCAAGAUACAAUAUUAUCACGAUACUUGGGCCAGGAUACGAUAUUAUCACGAUACUUGAGCCAUGAUACAAUAUUAUCAUGAUACUUGAACCACAUUACGAUAUUAUGACGAUACUUGGGCCACGAUACAAUAUUAUCACGAUACUUGAACCACAAUACAAUAUUAUCACGAUACUUGGGCCAUGAUAUGGUAUCACGAUACUUGAGCUGUUAUACAAUAUUAUCACGAUACUUGAGCCAUUAUACAAUAUUAUCACGAUACAAUAUUAUCACAAUACUUGAGCCAUGAUAUGCUGUUAUCACGAUACUUGAGCCAUGAUAAGAUAUCACGAUACUUGAACCACGAUACAAUAAUAUUAUUAUACUUGGGCCACGAUAUGACAUUAUCACAAUACUUGAGCCAUGAUACGAUGUUAUCACGAUACUUGGGCCAAGAUCCGAUAUGAUUGUGAUAUUUAACAUUUUGCAAAACAGUGAGUAUUGCGAAACAAUAUAUUGCGAUUUUAACAAUUUUUUUCAACUGUUUAGCUAAUUUAGCAUUUGUCUUUCCUUUAUGUUUGUCUUAUUUACGCUGUAUUUUAUUUUCAUGUGCUACAUCUUGCACACCUUAUAUAUAUUUGUCGUACUCACUUUCUCCUGCUCUAUAAUGUCAACUCACUAGACAAUCAGUUGAUUUUAUUUUUUCAUUAUCGUAAAUUUGACUUCUUAUUGGCAAUUAAUUUGAAAAAAAUCGAUAUUUGGUAAAUGAGAUGAUACGAUAAAUCGCCAGAAAAAACAUCACGAUACUAUGCUGUAUCGAUUUUUUUCUCCCACCCCUACUUUCUUCUGUAUUCUGCCUGUUUUGAAAAGAACUGCAAACAGAUAAAUUGUUGAUCUUAUAUGGGAGUAAUCAGAAGCUAAAUAGCCAGCACUUGGUUGAACCAGUCAGUUCAAAUAUAGCAUAGUUUGAAUUCUAUUUCAAGCAUUAACACUCAAGUAACCCCUCAGGAGUUGUACCAGCUGAGAUAGUUGAACCGUAAGCUCAAGUUACGACUUAAAUUUUACACCUAGCUCUGAGUAGAUGUAAAGUCCUCAGUAGAACAAUAGUUGCAAUAGUGCAUUGUUAUGAAAGAUUGCCCUAUCACUUGUGCUUUGUUAUACUUUACAUACCAUGACGUUCUUGUUUGUUGAUAAAUGGGAGUAAACUGUGGCAGCUUUUUUGUUAGCUGUGUGCCGUAAAAAAGAGGUUAACAGGCACUUAAAUAAACACUUCUUUAAGAAAAAGAAAAGCUUUUCACUGAUUGGCCAAAUGGAGUGAAAACAUGUUUUCUUCAACAAUAUUUUACUAGUUAAGGUAACCUUACAUCCACAUGGUGUAAUCAAAUAUUGACACAACAUAACUACUUCCAACUCAACUACUUCCCAUGUAUAGUUUCGUGUGGACUUUGCAUCCUAACUCAACACACAGGCUUGGUUGAGGCAGGAAUUGGACUGGGGGAAGGGUAAAUAAAUUGGGCUUAGAUUCAUUAGGUGAGCAGCCACAGACAAAUGCUCUGUAAAUGCCAAAGUCACUGCCUGCUAAUGUGUGUGAUAGCAGCUUUAUGAGGUGGUAACCUGACUCUAUUGAUGCGGCUUCUGCUGAGCCUGUCAGUUUCUUCCUUUUUGAAAGUUUGCAUUUCGGCGUUAACAAAACUUAACGCUACAGUGGCCUCGUGUUAGUUUAGAAAAGAAAAGUACUAUCUCUAAUGUUACUCUUCUUUCUGGUUUGACUCUGAAGCACUCAUUUUGUUUUCUCCUGCAGUGGGCCAACAUGAGCUGACCAAACACCAAGUGGCGGUAAAGAUCCUGAACAGGCAGAAGAUCCGCAGUUUGGAUGUGGUGGGAAAGAUCCGGCGGGAGAUCCAGAACCUCAAGCUUUUCAGGCAUCCUCACAUAAUUAAACUGUAAGUCCUAGAUUACACCCUGCUCGCUGUUUCCGUAAUCCCCCCCGCCGUCGCCACAUUAAUGCCACCCACUGAGCUAUUUCCAGGCUCUAAUAGCGUGUUUUAGAAUACAUCCAUCUAGGACAAUAUCAGUCUGAGCCAGUCUGUCCUCUCCCUCCAAUCCUCGGCUUUAUUGCCUGUUAUGGUUUUUCCCCUCUGUUGACCUUUCAUUAUAAUGUGAGAAAGUGUUUCAUCUCUGUCUUUUAUGACACCUCGCUAUCCACCCCUUCUGCUUAGAUCCAGUCCUCUAAAGUUAGCAUUAAAGUCUGAACACAGCAGACAAGCAGCCUUUUGUCCCACUUUUUCUGUCAUCUUUUGCUCAGUUUAUGAUGCAGAGAGUUGCGUAUUUUUGUAUGAGUCAUUGUUUGACUUGUCAUGUCUGAACUGUCUUCGCACCAACCAGAGGUCAUCUCAGCACACUGUUGUUGUUUAAUUGUCGUACGCGUGCAUUUGGAAGUAAUGAAAGUCUCCACAAAAUGCUGUCCUGCGACACUGUUGCUCAAAAAGUCAGUCAUCUAAAAAUAAAGUCAGGAGGUUGUGUAGGUACUUCCUGCUCAGUGAGGUUCACUGACUGUAGUGAAGGCCGCAGCUAGAGGGUCAUUACUGCCCAGGAGGUGUGGCUAAUUGCCUGAAAUACCAGCCCCAUGUCAUGCAUGCACAAGAAUGUAAACUCUGUUUUGUGUGUGUGUGAGAGAGAGAGAGAGAGAGAGAGAGAGAGAUCCAAUCUUCGACAGGGUGGACAAACACUGGGGUAGAGGGCAUUGCAUUGCCUGUUUAGUCUGGAAAAAAAAAGUCUCUGAAGAAAAGAGGAGCAAGAUUACACAAAUUUUACUUCUUGGAGGAUGUUUCUGCAACUGUGACUCAUGAGAUUAGCAGUUAGUUCACAACUUUGAUCUUCUAAGAGUGACUUCUUUUGCAUUUAGAGUCAUUUGCUGGACUCAAUCGACUGGAACACAAUCGCAGUUGCAAUUAGCUGCAGACAAGAAAUUUAGUGAUGUGUGGAUGAGAGUUGGUGGAUUAAAGAAAGGGCUGAUGUAGGAUUAAACUGCUUCUGGCAUUUUGAAAUAUGUGGGCUUAGAGCUGCAGGGGUUACAAUAUGUUUUCUGUCCUGCUGACAGACAUCAGAGUUUCUGUUUAUUUUUCCUUUUGCUCGAUGUUGGAUAUGGCAGUCACAGGGAGAAAUACAGCAUAGCCAGCCACACAUCCAGUUAAGUAUAAUCAGAUGUAGCUGUGUGUCAUGGAUGUAGAUGAUUCACCUGUGAUAUUAGUCAUGAAAACAAAGUGUUUGUUUUUUGGGGAGUAUUAAGUCUUGAUUGUUUAAAAACUGAAGCUCUCUAAGGUGUUUUCACAACUGCAGUUAGUUCAUUUUGCAAGUACGGAUGAUUUUUUCAUGACCAGCAAAAGGAUUUUGAGUUUCAGUUUAUGCCAAAACGAAACAUGAUCAAAUGAAAAAUGAUGACAGAAAAGAGAGGAAGACAGGAAAGUGACACAACCGGAAGCCAACCUUGAUCUCUCACCCUUCCCCAGUCAGAGUUACUUGGAAUUUAAUUUAUGAACAAUAAACUCACGGCUGACCGAUGAUUGAGGGCAGGGUAGAGGAAGGGCAUGUCCGACAUUGUGCAAUGAACACAAGUUUGACAAGUGACAGACACAUUCACACACACACCCACAAGCCAUAGGCCCAACUCAUGCAGCAACCUGAUUCCUGAAGCCUCAAGAAAGAAAGUUGAUGACCAAAUGCCGCAUACACACCCAUUCAAAAAAGUCCAUAUUUACAGCAAAAAAAGGGGAUGUCUAGAGUUCAUGGUUACUUCAUACUGAUCAAAAGUUAUGUUGAGUCAGCUUUCCCAAAAGGCUUCAAAACUCAGCUUCAGAAACCGAUGUAUGAUGUCACUGAGGCAGCAUCUAUGUAUCAGACAGUCUGUGGUCUAGAUAAGUCUUGUGAUUGUUCUGGAGAGACGUGGCGACCGCUGACCUAUUUGGCUUUUUUAAAAUGUUUCAGAGUCAAUAACAAAUCCUGAAGAUGUUUAAGCACAUCACCUGAUAAAUAAAGAAAUAAGUGUUUUUAUUUUAGCUGUACACAAACUGCUUACUACUGAUUCUUUGGCUUUGCGCUGAUUCCUGCAGGUAUCAGGUUAUUAGCACCCCCACAGAUAUCUUCAUGGUGAUGGAGUAUGUCUCAGGAGGAGAGCUCUUCGAUUACAUCUGCAAAAAUGGAAAGGUAAUGUUUUUUUGAUAUUGAGAUGAUAACAUUCCAGAUUUCCUCCACAGCAUGUACCGCUGGUGUUGUACAAAACAUUCAAAGCUAAGGGGCAGGAACAGAGGAUUGUGUUUUUAUCUAUGCAGAUACAUGAACCUGUGAACCAAAUGUUGAAAGCAGCUGCAGCGCAGACUAUUUUAAAACACCACAGGAAAUGCUUCUUAGUCAGCUCUGAUGUGCUAAUUGAGUCACAGAGAAGAUCUCACCUAGUAGAUAAUUUUUGCCUCGACAGUUGGACGAAAAGGAGAGUCGUCGGCUGUUCCAGCAGAUUAUCUCCGCGGUCGACUACUGUCACAGGCACAUGGUGGUGCAUCGAGACCUCAAGCCUGAAAAUGUGCUGCUUGAUGCGCACAUGAAUGCCAAGAUCGCAGAUUUUGGUAAGUGUGUCUCAAUCUAAAACAUGGAAAUCAAUGCAGGUCACAGGGAUUCAGGGGCAUUUUGGGCAAGUAGCUGUUUUAAAACCCUAUCAAUGCAGCAAUGUCCUCAUCUGCAUAGUUUCCCUGCUUGUGUCGUCUCCUUUAAGUGUAACACUCUACGUUUAUGAGGCUUGCAGAAUCUGUUUACUGCCACAACUUCCUUGACCUCAUUUUACCUUCAGAUUAUAAUUUCAGUACACUCCUCAGUCUAAAACACACAGAUUUGAUCUUUGGGAAAAGGAAUGCUCCUGGUUAAGUGAGCGCUCUCUAAAUUAACAAAAGUUUCAAGGCUGACAUUGUGGUGUAAAUGGAUGCACACAAAGAAAGAAACACAUAUUGUUUGAUGGUUAAACUCGGCUCCACUGAACAGUUGGUUGCGAUAGAUAAGAUAUCCAAAGGAACAUAGUCAUUUGUCAGUGAAGGCAGCUUGUAAACAAAAACAAACCCAAAGCAAUAUUGUCAGAAAUAUCUUUCCAAGAAUUCUUCAAAUGUUUUAUGAGUGAGAAAAUGUACGCAAAUGUUUGCUUUGCCUAAAGGUCAGAAACACUGUCUUUCUAAACAUAUAUGCACAACUCAUUUCCACACACAGGAAUAUUUGUUGUAAAAAGUGCUGUUUGUUGUUGUAUUUUCUCCUCACUCAGUUUGCAUCAUCAUGUUUUUUUUUUUGUCCACAUUAUGAUUUUGGAUCCUAAUUUGGCCCGUUUAUCUGUACACUCUGAAUCCGUUCCCUUUGUAUUUUUCCUGAAACUCUUGCAGGGCAACUUGAAAUGCAGCAGCUGUAGAAAGAGAAAUAAAGCGGACACAAUGAGAAAGGGUCUAAAUCUAUCACUGCUUGAUCUGCUUUAAAGAAAGUUUCACUCACUGAAGAUUAAUGGCUCUGCCACCAGCAAAGUGGAGGAGCUCACUUCUUCAUAUCGACUCUUUAUUUUUACUUUUUUAACUUUAAAACAAUUUAUUCCAGAUACGUCUUUAAGUAGGAGUUUUUUAGAUUAACCUGAAACCAGGAAUGCCUGUACCCCUCAUAUAGUAAACCAUCCAUCAAAUCAUGGCAUGUUUUAUUGCUGUGUAUGCACAAUAUGUGAGGCAGUUAUAUUUUAUUAUUUUUAGUGACAUUGUUUUAAACUAUCGUGUAAGAACAGGGUGAAAGAGGUUACUCAAACAGGUGAAUCAAGUUUGAUCAAGUUUUAUCACCUGGCUAGCUUGCCUCAGCUUCACUGCGAACAGUUUUGCCAUAAUAAUCUGAACCAGUGACUGUAACUUCUUGCGUUUCCUCUAUGCUGCCCCCCCCAGAAAACAUUUCAGAAUUUGAAGCUGAACACCAAAAGUUUUUAGAUGUGUGUUUGUGCUUUACGAUGUCCUAAAUGGAACUGUGUGCAGGUUUAUCAAACAUGAUGUCAGACGGGGAGUUUCUGCGGACAAGCUGUGGUUCUCCAAACUAUGCUGCUCCUGAGGUCAUCUCAGGAAGGUAAUGCUUUUGUCAUCAUUAAAGUUGUAGCACACUACUCUCUCUGGCAGUAAAUGGGUACGAGUUGUAUCUGCAAGCUUGCUAAAAUGUAGUUUUUAUGCUUACUGGAUUUUUUUUUUUGCAGGUUAUAUGCUGGUCCAGAGGUCGAUAUCUGGAGCAGUGGGGUCAUUCUCUAUGCCUUGUUGUGUGGGACGCUUCCCUUCGAUGACGAUCACGUGCCAACGCUCUUUAAGAAGAUCUGCGAUGGGAUCUUUUUCACCCCACAGUAUCUGAACCCAUCUGUAAUAAGCCUCCUUAAACACAUGCUGCAGGUGGACCCCAUGAAAAGAGCCACCAUCAAAGAGAUCAGGUGAGAUCCAUCAGUCAAACAGUUUCUGUCCAGCCCGUUGUUUUGUGGUCCAGAUUAUUUUUAAGUUUGGAUUUUCAAAGACAAAGAUACAAAAAAACACUGCUUUUAUAAACUAACUGAAAGAGUUCCCAUCCCCACAGAGAGGACGACUGGUUUAAAGAGGAUCUACCCAAGUACUUGUUUCCUGAGGACCCCUCCUACAGCAACAACAUGAUUGACGACGAGGCCCUGAAGGAAGUGUGCGACAAGUUUGAGUGCACAGAAGAGGAGGUCCUCUCCUGCAUAUACAGCCGCAACCAUCAGGAUCCUCUGGCCGUCGCCUACCACCUCAUCAUUGACAAUCGCCGCAUCAUGAGCGAAGCCAAGGAUUUCUACCUGGCGUCCAGCCCUCCGGACAGCUUCCUCGAUGACCAACACUUGACCACAUCCGGCGCGGCUGUUACCGGCGUCGUGAAGCCUCACCCCGAGAGGGUACCCUUCCUCGUAGCGGAGACUCUGCCUCGGCCUCGUCACACUCUGGAUGAACUGAACCCUCAGAAGUCAAAGCACCAGGGCGUAAGACGAGCCAAGUGGCACCUGGGUAUCCGCAGUCAGAGCAGACCAAAUGACAUCAUGUCUGAAGUGUGCCGUGCCAUGAAACAGCUGGAUUAUGAAUGGAAGGUAAGGAAAUGCAAGAGAAAAAUGUGUAUGAAAUGCUUUCUUUGCUUCAGAUACAACACAUUCAUCAAUAGAAAUAUUAAAUAUAUGUUCUUUUGAACUUUUCCAGGUUGUGAAUCCAUAUUAUCUACGUGUGAGAAGGAAGAAUCCGAUUACAGGCAUGCAAACCAAAAUGAGCCUUCAACUCUACCAGGUGGACAGUAGAACCUACCUCCUAGACUUCCGUAGCAUAGAUGGUGAGUCUCACCAACAGUUUUUUAAGAGUGUAUGUGUGUGUGCGUGUGUGUUUAUUUGACAAACCUAAUACCUAGUAUGUGAUGGACAAUCCAAGAUAAUCCCAGUCAGUCUUGAAGUAUUUUCUCCAUGUGAACUUAGCCCACAAUGAUUUCAGCUCCCUUCGUCCUGUUAGUGUUUAUCUGAAGUCUGUCCUGUCGUAAGCUGCAUCAGCGCAGACCUCAUAAAUGAUUGACUCAGGGUUUAGAGCUCGGUUUUGCUCUGUCUGUGUAGGUGUGCGUCAGUACCGCAGAGGAAACUAUGAGAUAAGAGUGUUGUUAUAGGCCAUUCACGCAGCUCAGGCAUGCAGUUUAGAGGGUAUGAGAUGACACUUUGUCUGCAGACUUCAGCGGAGACUGCCGCGGUGUUUGUGUUUGGCUGCAGUUGGAACAGAUAACUCCGGGGAAUAAUACUGAAACUUUAUCUUCUCUAUUAAAAUCCACUUGUUUGAUAUCUUGGAUGUAAUACAUAGUGUGUUAGUUGAAGUACCUCUUGUCAUGCUUGACAGAAAACAUUUAGCAAUUUUUUUUAGUAUUAAGACUGGAGACAUAAGAUAAGUAAAUGCUAAAACUUUACAUACAAAAAGUGCAAAUGCUAUAACUUGCAGUUUUUAUCAUUUGAUGUCCUUUAUAUUUUGCACAAUCCCUGUGUCUUCAACAUGUUUCUCCAAAAUUGUAACAAUUGGUGUCAGUUGUAAAUGCUCAUAUAGAAAUAGCAGGUCUUGACACUAACUUUUUUUUCCACAAGGGUCACGUGUAAGGAGCAGACAAAGAACUUUAGGGGCACAAUGAAAAUUGAUCAAAUAAUCAAAUAAAUCAAAAUAAAUUAAAUAAUGUGUCCGUCUAAUUUCCAUCCUAAAACUAACUUCACCACCGUAUUUAUAUCAGAACACACUUUUGUCUCUGCUAAUUAUUUUUCAUGGGCACAUGUGCCUCUAAAUACAUUUUACAAUUCGCAAACAUCUAUUUUUAGUCGCAAAUGCGAGUGAAACUGUCGCACUGUCAAACCCGGGAUAGCAAAGAAAAGUCAUUUAUUUACUGUGCAGCCCUGUUAUGCAACCAGGGGUUUAACUAGAGAGGUCAGAAAAAUGCACAGAUUUGCUAAGCUGCACUUCUGAUUAUCAUAAGUGCUUUCUAAUAAUUUCUCAUGUUUUAGCCUGAAUACAGAGGUGCCAUAAUCCCAAAUAUAGCUGUUGCUAUAAUCAAAUGUUCUCUCUUCUUUUCUCAUUCAGAUGAUAUGUUGGAGACAAAAUCUGGAACUGCUACCCCUCUCCGCUCUGGCUCUGUGGGCAACUACCGCACCACAAUUAAGAACGAUGUAGAUGGCGCAGACGCUCCGGCUACAUCCAGCGCCGUGCUCCCUACCAAGGCUGCAGAGGGCUCCUUAGCUUCAUCACUGACCUCAUCCAUUGAUUCAACGGGAGGGGGAGACAACAUGGCUGUCCCUCGACCGGGAAGCCACACCAUCGAGUUCUUCGAAAUGUGUGCGAAUCUUAUUAAACUACUUGCACGAUAGCUUGCAAAACAAUCGCUAGCCUUUUUUUCUCUCCGAGUGUCUUUACAGCAAUAAGCAUGCAAGCGAUUCAUGGCUCAGUUCAUCCCAGCUGAGGAUGAAGUGAUUGUUCCAUGGCACUGAUGCAGGUUAGCGUUCCCUAUGUGGAAGAGAUGUUACUGAGCUGGCAGGGAAUGUAAGGAGGUCAGUGGGAAAGAUGAGCGACCAAGCUACUUAACAGCAAGGACAGAACAACAUUCAAGAAAGGGGUUUUUAAAAAAUUUCUGAUCAGUUGAACAGUCCACAUCCCAACUUAACAUAGUAAACAUGCAAGUGAUUACACUGAAUUUCCUGUACUGUAGCCAGGGAGCUCUACUUUCCAGUCUAGAGAACAAAAUCAAGUUCCUGCCCACAGAAAAAAAGCCACACAUCCACGUUGAUGUUUUAAGGUGGCAGUCAUAUGGGAGGCAGGAAACACUUUUGCACAAGUAUCUUUAAUUUCCUGCUGCUCUUGUAUUUCUCUCAGUGGGGAUCAGGUGGUGCAGAUAUAUCGGAGUGCUGCACCGGCUAUAACUAGGGGGUUGUCAUGCCCAUCCCAUUCAUUUGACUCUGAAGAAGUGCAAUGACCCAUGUUGUUUCUGUCUUGUGUUGGGGACAAAAGAUUGCUUCAUCAGAUUUCUGUUUUGGUUUUCAUUUUGUUGUGAAACUGAGUUGUCAGACUAAAUUUUCAUGGUUUUGUCCUUGUUGUAAAAAAUUUGUUUGAAUUUGUCUGUCCCCUACAUUUUUAUAUAUAAAGACGUGAAUAUAUUUAUCAGUGCGUUAAGUGGACGCCGUGUUGGUUCUAUUGGAAAUGGAAUUGUUUGUUUUCUUUAUUGCAUUAAGAUCUAUUGCUGGAUGGUAUAUAUUUUCCUUUUUUACUGUCUGGUUUUUAAAUCAAUAUCACAGUUUUGUUUUCUUCAAUCACAACUAUUCUGAUACUUGAUUGUCUUUCCAGAUAAACAUGACCUGCUUUACCGUUCAAGAGGUAUUUUGCCAUGACAGUCAAAAUCUAGAAAUAUAUCAUUUUCAGUGUCGCAUAUUAAAAUGACGAGUUGAUUUUGACUUAUUUUGUUGCAUUUUCUCUAUUUGUUUUUUAGAUUAGGAGUUAGGAUUUGAGUGUGAUACCUGGGUGAGAUGCCUUUUGUCUCCUUUUAGUUUUAAAAUGCCAAUCCAUUUUAAAUGUACAGGCCUCAGCGCCCAAUCUGAAAAUGAAUACAAAUACAUGCAGUGCAUGGACAAUUCUAAUUGGUAGGAGAAUAUAUCUCAAAUUUUCUAGAUAUGUUUAUGUUGAGACACAUUCCCUUGAAGGUUAACCUUUAAAAAAAAAAGGUUUACGAAGAGUAUGUUUGUUGGAGCAGACUUGUGAGCUUGGAAUGGUUCUCAUGGCUCAAUAACAACUCCGAUAAAGAGUACAUAACAUCACAAGAUUUGAUCAUAAAUGUGUGUCUGGUUUUAUAUUUGAUAUAAAAAUGUUCAACAGAACCUGAUACUUGCAAGCUCACAAAGUCUGAGUCAGUGUCUUUUAAUCACAGCUUUGAUGCCUCUCCCUCCAUUUCCUGUCCAGUCUUAAAGUUUUGAAUGGUGUCUGUUGUUUGGCUGCCUUAUCAUUAUCAGUACUGUCAAUCGGUUUUUAUGUCCAUAAUGUUGGAACUCAGUUCUGGUCAGUUAUAGGGACCUUUUGCAAGCUCAAGUUCAAAUGAUUUUUUCAAUGUUGAGUCAUAAUUAUUGUUUUCAGUGGAUUUAAAGAUGACUUAAUUGUCAGCAUUACAAAGAAAAAAAAAAGAUCCUUAUCACAAAGCUUAAACAUCUGAUCGUUUUGUUGCCAAACUUUAGUAGACCUCAGUGACUGCUGCCACCUUUUAAUUUAAGAAAUAUGAAUAAACAAAGAGAGCAUACAUGGUUUCUUAUUUCGUCAAUCGCUACCAUCUAUAGUCAUAUAAGCCAGGUUUUUAGGAGCUUUGCAUGUUCUUAUUGUACAAUGAGACACAUCCUAUUUAUUAUUAGUAGGUGGCUGUAGUUGCUGGGGUCGGGGUUUCCAGUGUUUAGCUCUCAACAGCUUUAAAAAUCUCAAAUAUUUCAUCUGUGUGAACAAUUUUACAUCUUAGAGAUCUAUUACAUCCAAACUGAGUGACAAUAUUUGUGAUCAUCUUGUUUUUCUUGUCUUAAGAGGCAGGGUUGGACUGAAAUGAACCAGAGUUUUGAACUUCAGUGAUCAUGCUAAAGACACACUAUGGUCAUGGAGAGAUAUUAUUAAAACUAAAUGCUUUUGGUUUUAAGGGGCAGUUGCAAGUACUGUUUACAUAACUUUUCAUGGGUGUCAUGAUAGGUUUUGUAGGAAAGAUGAAUGUGUGAGGAGUGACAUUAUUUGACAGCUUUUGGGAUGGUAAAGUGGACUCUAAGCAGUUGAAUUCUGUCAGUCUGUCUGAACUGCUUUAAAGAAAUAUUGUUCUAUUUUUGUUUGAUGUAAAGGGACCCUAGCAGAUCGACCAGUGUAAAUCUGAAUGGACAGUGUUUAAAUCAUUUGUAUACACAACUGCCUAAUAAACUGCUAAAUUGCACACAAAUUUC